AUGCACGGCGUAACAUUAGCCCCGAAGAUUUCGGGCAAACACAACCCAGACGGCCAAAAUGAGGCCCACGUCGAGAACCUUCAGACAGCUCUCCCUGGACUGAACGAGAAGGAUGCUCUCGCCGUCGCCCAGGCCGGAGGGUGGGAGGUUGAUGCUCUCAUUGACAGCUUGGAACGUGAGCUGGAGGCUGCCGGCGGAGUCAAGAAGGGUAUCUUCGAUCUCGAGUUCAGCAACACCAAGUACUUCACCUGGCUUAUCGUCGCCUUCGCCUCCAUGGGUGGUCUUCUCUCCGGUCUCGACCAGUCCCUGAUUUCUGGUGCCAACCUUUUCCUGCCCGGCGACCUUGGCCUCACGGAUCGCCAAAACAGUUUGGUCAACUCUGCUAUGCCUCUCGGUGCCGUCGGUGGUGCCCUCAUCCUCAGUCCCUCCAACGAGUACCUCGGAAGAAGAAUGUCCAUCAUCAUUUCUUGCGUUCUCUACACCAUUGGUGCUGCUCUCUGCGCUGGCGCCAUGAACUUUGGCAUGAUCGUCUCCGCUCGCGUCAUCCUUGGCAUGGGUGUUGGUCUUGAGGGUGGUACUGUUCCCGUCUACGUUGCCGAGACUGCCGAGCGUCGCAUUCGUGGAAACGUCGUGUCCCUGUACCAGCUCAACAUCGCCCUGGGUGAAGUUCUUGGUUACGCUGUCGCUGCCAUGUUCCUUCACGUCAAGGGUAACUGGCGCUUCAUUCUCGGCUCUUCCCUUCUCUUCUCCUCCAUCAUGUGGGCUGCUAACAACCGCGUUGGCAUGUUGUUUUUACCCGAAUCGCCCAGAUUCCUCAUGCACAAGGGCAAGACUCUUGAGGCCUACAAAGUGUGGAAGCGCAUUCGCGGUACUUCUACCCCCGAGGCUAGAGAGGAGUUUUUCAUCAUGAAGGUGUCUGUUCUCGAUGAGCAGCGGGUUGUCUCCGAGGGUGCUAAGAACAAGCGCUUCCCCUGGAUGGACUUCUUCACCGUCCCUCGCGCUCGUCGUGCUCUUGUCUACGCCAAUAUCAUGAUUCUCCUUGGUCAGUUGACUGGUGUCAACGCCAUCAUGUACUACAUGUCCAUCCUCAUGCAACAGAUCGGCUUCAAUGAUGAGAAAGCCACUUACAUGUCUUUGGUCGGUGGCGGCUCUCUUCUUAUCGGAACGAUCCCUGCCGUCAUGUACAUGGAGAAAUUCGGCCGUCGUUUCUGGGCCAACACCAUGCUUCCUGGCUUCUUCGUCGGUCUUGUCAUUAUCGGCGCCAGUUACCAGAUCCCGACCACAACCAACACCACGGGUGCCGUAGCUUGCUACCUCGUCGGCCUGGCCCUCUACAUGAUGUUCUUUGGCUGCUAUGCCUGUUUGACUUGGGUGGUACCUUCUGAAGUCUAUCCAACAUACCUGCGAUCUUAUGGCAUGACCACAUCUUCUGGUCUACUUUUCCUGUCGUCUUUCAUCGUCACCUACAACUUUACUGCUAUGCAGGAGGCUAUGACGCGCACGGGCCUCACGCUAGGCUUCUACGGAGGCAUUGCCAUCCUUGGAUGGUUCUACCAAAUGGUUUUCAUGCCAGAAACAAAAGACAAGACUCUUGAAGAGAUUGACGUUCUGUUCGAGAAGCCCACGAGCGAGAUUGUUGCGAUGAACAUGAAGAGCAUCGCUCGCGGCCUGAGCAAGAUUUGCGGAGGCGGCAAGAAGGAGAGCAACUCUCCCGGCCGUGAGAUGGAAGUUGACGAGAAGAAUGAGAAGGAAACCAGUGCUUGA